UUCUGUCACAAAAAAUACUAAUUAGUGAGGUUAACAAUGGAUUUGAAAGAUAAUCUGUCCCAAAAACUGAACACUUUGUUGGACAGUUUCCUUGUCCCUGGAGUUUCCAAAGGAAGUUGUGCUGAAUUUGAGCUAUUAACCACUUAUUUGGCCAAAUGUGAGAAUACAAUAUUUUUGGAAACAAUAAUUCCUAAUUGGAUCGAUCGAUGCGUGAACAUACUUAUCAACAAUUUUGGUGAAGUUCACCAUACAGUUAUUUCACUCAUGUUCAAACUUUGCGCUAUAUGUGCUGAGAAGGAAUCUUUUGUGUUUAGACUAUGCGAAAAAGGUAUUUUGGACAAAAUUGAAAUAAUAACCAAGGAUAAUCUGGAAACUUUUACAGCUUCAAAUAAACUUGGACACAUUCGCUUGCUUACAGCAUUAUCUAAGCACAACAUCGGUUUAAAUUUGAUAAAUGCAAACAAAUCAUGGCGUUAUAUCAUCAAAUACUGUUGUCUUAAUCAUACGAUGUACGUUGUGAGGGAAGCGUCGCUGUUAAUGUUUGAUAUUUUGUACAAAAAUUCAUCGAAAACAAAAUUAUGUUUAGAAAUGCUUGAUGAAAUACUAAAGCCACUUGAUCAAAGUGUUUACCAAAAUUGUUCAAAUAUUGUUUAUGUCGACGACUACGAAGUUCAAAAAGAUCUAUGUUCCACUUUGGAUUUAAUUUCGUUCUUAUUUGAAAAAACCUUAGAAAUCAACGAAAAGACUCCAAUUUCACAUUUGUGUGAUAUUCACCAUAAUAUCGUUAUUAAUAUUUGGAAAAUGGCUAAAGUAACGCACAAUGAGUUUUUUCUUGGAAAAAUAUUGAAAGUGCAAACGAUGCAUAACUUCGCAAUGUUGGUUUAUCAAAAAUUGAGUACAGAAAAAAUAGACCCUUUUAAUUUUAAUGAAUUUGGUGUAAAUUUUUUCAAUACAAUGAAGUUUUGUGUAUCUCGGAGAAGCUGUGUAAACUUUUUAAAACUAGCGAAACUAAACCUUUUUCUUUGGAAAAAAUUAGGAUCCCGGGCUCCAUUCGAAAUAUUUAUAGAAAACGAAAGUAUUCAGUUUGAGAAUCAACUUAUAAUGUUUCACCUAAUGCCAGUGCUGUGUAUCGUAAAAACUCAACCUGAAGAAGAAAGUCUAUUUGAUCAGUACAUAAAGAAACUUUUUUCGAUUUCGAGUGAAUUCACAGUGAGAAUAUGUUAUUCAUUUCGUGACAUUUUGUUAGACUGUCCAGAUUUUGCUGCUCAUUUAGCAUAUAAAUCAAUUCAUGGAAUUUUAUCUAUGAAAACUAUUUUAGAUAAAGAUCAAGCAGUAGUUAUUUUUCAAGCGCUAGUAUAUGUUCUUAAGGAAUUUGCAAGAGAAAAUAUCUCAAGUUCAAUCGACUCCUUGCCACAGGAUCAUGCCAAACGGUUACCCCAAGUUUUAUAUGCAACUUUGGCAUGCCUGUACACUUUGGUCGAAGGAUUUAAUAUAACUUGGACGGAAUCAAUUGAAAGCAUGUGUUUAAUGGAUAUUGUUUUAGAAAUAUUGAAAAAUUCAGACUUAUCGACAUUGGCAGUGGUUCAAUCAAUUAAACUAGCUCAACUUUCAAUUGAGCAUUUUCUCUCCCCAAAUAUGGCAUUGUUAGUGGACAACAUAAAAGGAUCUGGACUUCAAAAUCUGGGACCCAUCGUUAUAAAAAAUUUCCAUAACAGGGAGUGGGAAGUUCGAGAUAGUACGCUUGAGCUUGUGACGUCAAUAAUUUCAAUAUCUCGCUUGAAAUUUCCGGCGUUUCAAUUGUUUAUUCUUGAAAAUAAUAUUUGUCCUUUAGUCUUUGAUAUUGUACAUAAUGACGAAGAAUCUUAUGUACGCGCAUCAGGUCUGAAGUGUUUAACACAGAUGGUUGCUGUUAAUUUACUCUGGGAAAACACACUCAUCAAUUUAAAUUUGAUUAAAUAUCUCUUGGAAAUGACGAACGAUGAAAGUGAAGGUAUUGUAAGAAAAGAAGCAAUAUCUUGCCUUACGCAAAUGUACGGACAUCAUCGAAUUGAAGCUUCAAAUUUUGAACAACUUUACAAAACACUUGCCUACAUCGGAGAAAAUGACUUAUACUGGGAAGUAAAAGUUUCGGCUCUAAAUUUCUGGGAAAUGGUUAUCCACGUUUUACUCACAAAUCAAGGCAUGAUAGAUGGUACUUUUCCCACAGUCACAUUUUCAAGAGAAGCAAAAAAAAUUGUAACUUUAACUGAAGCUGAAAUUUUGUUGAGGUUUACAAAAGUAAUGAAUGAACUAUCAAUAAUUGGCUGUUUGGACGUUAUACUUAAGUGCCUCAGUGACAGUUGCGAUUUAGAAGUAGUAAAAGAAGCUGUUCGAGUUGUAAAAGGAUUAUAUUCGAAACUUAACAAAUACAAUUAUGAAAAGGCAAUAACUGACGAUUUGUGUCAUGUAAAAUUACAGAAACAAGUGUCCUUGCAUGCUGCUUCUAACAUAAAAUCUGUUCCGGAAGAAAAAGAUGUUAACUUUAAAAAUAUAAACAAUAACAUAAUAAACGAAAUUAUAUCUGCAAGAGACACGCAAUUGAUAACCAGUUGCUAUAAACUUACGAGUGUUAAAAUUGAGCCGAUUUUGAAAAAAGAAAACAAAUUUCGCGUAACGACUCCGAAGGAAUUUGUUAGACAGCUAAGCGGAUUUGAUUUUGACAGAAUUGUAGAAAAUCGUAAAAAUUGGUACCAAUCGUCAGAAAGUUUAUCAUCUCUUUUAGAUGAUAUGUUAUUAUCUAGUAAUAUCAGCAAUACUAGCCACGUUGAGUGUUACUAAUACCGACCAAUAUUGCAGUUUUUUUUAACUCAAUCAGAGGAUAUUUUCAUGCAAAUUAAAAAAUAUUUAAUACCAUUUCAUGGUUUUAUGAAAUAAUAAUGAAUAGUCAUGUUAUCACAUAACAUUAUUUGAUUAUUGUAACAAGAUUUUAUACAACUUGUAUUAUAACUUGCGUCAAAAAUUUCAUUUACUUUGUCGUAUUUUCCUUAUACUUAGUAUUAUUAAAAUAAAAACAUUUAUAAACCAGUUAAUAGAUUAAUUUACGGAACAGUUUGUAAAUGUAAUUAAUAAGUACGGGGUGGCGCACCAAUUGUGCUACGAUAAGAUAUUUAAAAAAGUUUUAUUUUUAAGUUUGUUUUAUUGAAAAGAAAAAUAUGUUUUAUUUUAUAUAGUUUAUUGUUUUUAAAGAAGAUAACCCGCAAAUGACCAGCACCCCACAGAUAUGCGUCAUCUGAUUAAAAAAUUGUUCAAUGUGGCCUGAAGGGUUGAAGUUGGGAUCGCCUUAAUUAUUGUCAUUAUGGACUCCUUCAAUUCAGUCAAAUUUCUAGGUUUCGGUUUGUACACUUCCUGCUUGACAUACCUCAUAUAAACAAAAUCUGUUGCAGUCGGGUCAAGUGACUUGUGGGCCGAUUUGAAAUGCUUGCAUUCGCCUGUAUUGCCGAUGCUACAGCGGCGAUUGUAUUCUGAAAACAAACAUUGGAUACGGUCAAUGGUACUGUCUGCGAUGCUUCCAUAUUCGGCAAACAUGUUUACUCAUAAUUGUCCAUCUACUCGGGAGAGUACCGCUUAGCUCACGCCUUAAUUCCCUUUGGAUGUAAAUGACGGACUGCAAAGCAUGGUACCGUUGCGCUAUCAAAAUUCUUUUUUAAUAUCCAAAGCAUUUUGAUAAAUCUAAAUAGAAACCUAAAAAAUCAAAAAAAAAAGAGGCCAGAAGAUAUACACUGAUAACUUCUUAUUCCGUCUGUCGAUUUGUCUUGCACUUAACCAAAAUAUUCAUACCAAUAUUUUGUGUGAGAUAAUUAAUUUGAAGUAUAUAUCUCUGUUUAUUCUUAAAAAAAUUAAUAAUAAUUACCAACAAUAUUUUACGGCGCCAUAUUUCUUGCCGCUCUUUUGACAUUUCUCUUCAGUAAGGUUUACCAUUGCAUAACGGAAAGAUAUACGAGCCAACAAUGAGCCGAAAUUGUGGUGAAUUUUGUGAAAAGAUUUUGGCUUACAUCCUUACAAGAUUAAAUUGACACAAGAACUGAAGCCACUUGAACACCCGUAUGUUCGUGAACUGGGCUGAGCAACAACUUGAAAAAUCAUCUUCAGCGAUGAGGCUCAUUUUCGGUUUGAUUGGCUUCGUCAAUAAACAAAAUAUGUGGUAUUGGUCAGGCAGCAAUCUAUACGUACUCCACGAGUCAUCAUUGCAUCCCGAAAAAUUACGGUUUGUGUGUUCUAUGGGCCGGUGGCGUCAUUGGGCCGUACCUCUUCCGUGAUGUCGACCUGGACAUGUGGUUUCAAUAGUACUGCGCCACAGCCACACAGCGAAUGUCACAAUCAGUUAAUUGGAAACCAAGUUUGGAGAACGUGGUAUCAUACAAAAUAGCCCAGUCACUUGGCCGUCUCGGUCGCGCGAUUUGACGCCGUAAGACUAUUUCAUGUGGGGAUACGUCAAGCCUAUGGUCUAUGCCAACAAGCCAGCGACGAUUGAUGAACUUCGUACGAAUAUCGAACGUGAAAUUGCAGUGGUUUCGGCUUUUUAUGCUUGAAAACCGUCCGCUUAUGCUUGAAAACUGGGUUCAAUGUCUGGACUUCUGCUAGCGUGCCCGUGGUGGCCAUGAUAAAAAAAUUGAGUUCCAUAUAUAAUGCCAUCAAACGUACUUCCACAGGAAUACAGAAAUUCAUUGAUAUCCAAAGCAUUUUAAGGCCUCGUAUUGAAAAACCCGAUAUAAACAAAUACAGAUUGGGAGUUUUCCAAGACCAUUACCUUACGUUGACAAGAAUUGAAUAUCAACUUUUACCAAUUUUGCUUAAAUUUUUUUAUAGAUUUAAAUUUUUUGCGAGGAAUUGACAAGUUUCCCAAGAAUAAUUUUUGUCAUGAAAAGUAUUUUCUUAAAUAAACCGUUCGGAUUCGGCAGGGACAAUAUUAUUCGCACACAGGAAUGGUUGAAAGUCACUAUUCCCUAGUUCUCAACAGACUAUUGGUUGCGUCACUCAAUUUAUUUAUUUAUUUAUAAGCCAAUAUAUUUUAUAUAUGUAUAUGUAAAUACAUUUUUUUCAUGAUAUUUCUUUUUUAUUAUAAAGUGUGAACGUUGACAUUAUGUGUGAAGCACUACAUAAUUUUAAUGACCAGCAAGCGAAUUGUUGCAAGCAUCGAUUCUUUUGUGGUAUUACUGACCAUAUUUUGACACGUAUGAUGUCUCAGCUAUAUCUUGACGAAUGUUGGUUUUAAGUGCUCGAGAGUUAAAUUUUUAUUUGAUUAUAACGCUCCUAAUUGGCAGUCGUUCCAUAUUCAUUUUUGAAGAAGGAAUUUACAAUCAACACUAAUAAAGAUAGCGCAUUGCGCAUGUGAGGUUUUGGUUGUCAAACUAUCGUGACGUCACGAACACUCAAUCAAUUGAAGAGAGCUAGUAUAUUUGGCGCAAUUUCAAUCUAUUUUCUGUUAUGAAGUGAAUUUAAAAAAUUAUUCAUAAUUUAUACAAAAAAAAAAAACAUUUAUUAAUAAACAUGGGUGUUUGUUCUGUUUUGCAACUGCAACAACAACGAAAGAAAUAAGAUAACGAAAGAUUCAAGCUCUCUCGAAGCAGUGGGUCUUGUUCACUAAACGCAAGGAUAAAAUUAAUGUUCUGACUGCAAGAAUUUGUAGUCUACACAAGCCAGCGUCUUACGUGCAAGUAGGGAUGCUGAGAGGUAAAUAUUCGAUUAUUUUUCAUCGUUAAGUGCUAACACAUAUAGGUUUAGUUGAAAAAUGAAAGCAGCCCAUAUUUUAUGAUUAUGAUUGUAAGAUGACGAAGGGCAUUUUAUUCGAUAUCAUCGAAAAAGUUGGGACCUGUGGUUUCACAGUAGUGGCAAUCGCAAGUGAUUUAGGUGGAGCGAACAGAGGACUCUAUACAGAGCUUAGUGUUAGUAUGGAAAAUCCUUGUUGUGUUUGUUUUUAAAGAACAAAGAAUUUUCGUAUUCGUCGAGUACCACAUUUAAUAAAAUUGGUAAGGAAUCACUUUAUUGACCAAGGAUUUCAAAUUAAAGGAAAGGUUGUUAAAAAAGAUAUAAUUUUAAAACUUCUUACCUUAACUUCGGGAGAGCUGAGUAUAACUCAUAAGAUUACAGCCAAAACAUUGAAUGUUGUACAAGCAGAAAGACAAAAAGUCAAACAUGCUACAAAGUUGUUCUCACACACUGUCGCCAAAGCGUUGUCGCGAGCUGUUAGCCUGGGAUACAUCGAAGACGAAAGUUGGGAAGAAUGCUAUCAACUGUUCAAAUAUGCAAGUCUCUAAACAGUAAUGUAUCGGACAGUAUUUCAGUUUAAAUUUUUUUGCAGGCAAAUGAUUGGUUCGACGUCAUGAAUGUCAGGUCUCCCUACAGUGUUUCACGUGAAAGGGUCCACGCAUACAAACUACAUUUGGAAACCCAAAAUAAAAUUUUAGAUAACAUGUCGGAUUUGAUUUUAAAUGUGCGAGUAGUUGGCAAAAAAUGUUUGCUACCAUUUCAAAAAGGCAUCGUGCAAUCUAAUAAUGCCUUGCAAUUAUUACACAAGGAUGUAUUGGAACGUUUUGGCAUUAAAUUCAUAAUGGCAUACCGAUUGAACUAAGACGUCCUUGAAAAUUUCUUAGGUGUCAUAAGAGCUAAAGGUGGUCUUCAGGAUGAGUUCAUACAUCCUUGGGCACAAAGAAGGUGCACUUUCUGACAACGAAAAUGUUGGUGUGGAUAAUACACCAGACUUAUGUUUGGAAGAAACUUCUUUGACAGGAAGGAUUUUUGUCGUUGUCAAAGUCGACAAUAGCAUGCCUAUUGCUUCUAAACCAGAAGAAAAUCUCCCAUUUACUUACGAUGGUUUGGAAAACUUGGCUGGCUACGUUUGCCAUCGUUUUAAAAACACCAUACCAAACCUGAAACAAAUUGAACCAGACGAAAGCUUUUGGGUAAAUCAUUUGGACGAAGGAGGCUUGUCUAAAGCAAAUCCCACAAUAAUGGCUCAUUUGCAUUAGAAAAUGUUUUUAAUGCCGUAAAUGGGGAAGGUCAAGGCAUUUACAUCUGUCCAAACUACAUCUUGCAUUUACUUGAAGUUGCCGAGAAAGCAAAGAUCGAAUGCGAUGAGAAGAUUAUGAAGCUUUUCUUUCGUUGUCGCAUGUACUUCCGUAUGCGAAAACUAAACCGACAAAUCAUUGAAAGCAAACUGUCCAGAAAAAGAAAAUACAAACAAAUUAUUAGCUAAAUAAAAGGUUGAAAAACCACUGACUAAAAAAGAC